UAUUCAAUAAAGUAUCCAGUAAGACAUGGAAUUGUUGAAGACUGGGACUUGAUGGAACGUUUUUAUCAACAAUGUAUUUUUAAAUAUUUAAAAGCCGAGCCAGAAGAUCAUCAUUUUUUACUAACAGAACCACCAUUAAAUACACCAGAGAAUCGUGAAUAUUUGGCUGAAAUAAUGUUUGAAUCAUUUAAUGUACCAGGUCUAUAUAUUGCUGUUCAAGCUGUACUGGCACUUGCUGCAUCUUGGACAGCAAAACUUAUUGAUGAAAGAGCAUUGACUGGUAUUGUUGUUGAUAGUGGUGAUGGUGUUACUCAUGUUAUACCAGUUGCUGAAGGAUACGUGAUAGGAAGUUGUAUAAAACACAUUCCAAUUGCUGGACGUGAUAUCACAUAUUUUAUACAAAGUCUUUUACGAGAACGUGAAGUUGGUAUACCACCAGAACAAUCAUUGGAAACAGCCAAAGCAAUUAAAGAAAAACAUUGCUAUAUUUGUCCAGAUAUUGCCAAAGAAUUUGCUAAAUAUGAUAGUGAUCCAACUAAAAUUAAAAAGUAUACUGGUAUGAACAGUAUAACACAACAAGAAUUUAAUGUUGAUGUUGGAUAUGAAAGAUUUUUAGGACCAGAAAUAUUCUUUCAUCCAGAGUUUGCGAAUCCAGAUUUUACAACACCACUUGGUGAAAUUGUUGAUGAUGUCAUACAAAAUUGUCCAAUUGAUGUUAGAAGAUCACUUUAUAAAAAUAUUGUGCUAUCUGGUGGCUCAACAAUGUUCAAAGAUUUUGGAAGAAGAUUACAGAGAGAUGUCAAAAAAACUGUUGAUGCAAGAUUGGAACUUAGCAAGAAGCUCAGUGGUGGACAUAUAACUCCAACAGCAAUUGAUGUUCGUGUUAUAUCACAUCAUAAACAACGUUGUGCUGUAUGGUUUGGUGGUGCAUUAUUGGCAAGUGGUCCUGAAUUUUAUAAUGUUUGUCAUACUAAAAAAGAUUAUCAAGAAUAUGGACCUGGUAUUUGUCGCUACAAUCAAGCAUUUGGCAGUAUUGUGUAGACAUUAAAAAUUAUAAACAAAAAUGAAUUUAAAAAAAAAGCAAGAUGUUGACUUAAAAACUCACUUGCAUUUCCAAUUUUUUUUUCUUUUUAUAUUUAAUAUAUAUAUAUUGCAUUUUUAUGACACUGUCUUGAUAAAAAAUUAUAUUAUCAAAUAACAAGAUAAAUUUAAUUAUGAAAAAUAAAAAUAAUAACCGUGCAAUCUAUGAAAAAAAUAAAAUCAACAGAUAAUUGAAUUAAAUUUAAUUAACUGAGUUUGAAAAUUUACAUACAACGCACAUUGUUAAAGCAAAAAUUAUAUUGAUAGGUUUUGAAAUAAAAAAUAAUCAUCAUAAAAUGUCAAUCGAUUAAUCUUAAUUAAUACAGAAUUAAUUGUAAAUACCUGUAUGUUAUAAAAAGAGAUUUUAUCAUCUUCUCUGUUUAAUGCAUUUAAAAUGAUAAUAAUAAAAUUUAAAAAUAUUAUUAAUUGUUUUUUUUUUUUUCAAUCAAUUUAUUAACUUGUCAAUAAAAUUUUUUUCAUAAAUUAUUAUUUGUUUUAUUUUAUUAGCUGUUGUUUAAUUAUUAUAAUUAAUUCGAAAUUUUUAAAUAGAAAUAAUUAUUUCUAUUGAAUUAUUUCGAAAUAUAAAAAUAUUUCGAAUAUUAUAAACAGUUAUAAUUAUUGUUUAUUAUUAUUAAUCAUUAAUUUUUAUUUAUUUAAAAAAUUAAUUAAACUUUAAAAUAAUUAAUUUUAAAUACUUGUAUUUCAUUUUUCCAAUGGAAUAUUUUCAUUUUUUUUUGUGAUUUCGUCAAGUUCCUUUAUCUCAAGUGUAUUAAAUUCUUAAAUUGAUAAUAAAAUUAGCUCAAAUAAAAAUAAUUGUACUGUA